CAGCUGACGAGAGACAGUGGAUCGUUUGAUUUCAGCGGGAGCAGACUGGCGGCAGAGAGGAAAGCUGAAUGGAGUCGCCGAGACAAGGACGCUCGAAAAUUCUCGCGGUGCUCUCGACAUGGCUGCUGCUGGCCGCGCUGCCGGGUGCAAUCGCCUCUUACAGCGUCGGCGUGGGCAGAGCAGACACCACUGGACCCGUCGCUGAAAUCGUUUUUAUGGGCUACGCGAAAAUGGAUCAGAAGGGAUCAGGACUUCAUCUUCGAACGUUCUCCCGUGCAUUCAUCAUCGACGAUGGCGAGGAGAGAUUCGUCUUUGUCAGUGUCGACAGCGCAAUGAUAGGAAACGGCGUUCGUCAAACGGUAAUUCCACAAAGAAACUUGAAGCCUUCUUUCUUCCCUCGUUCUUCCCUCGUCCUUCCCUUGACAGAAAUUUCCAAUCGCCAAUUGGAAAUGCCAAAUGAACCUCCAAGUCGAAUCCACCGUGAUUUCUCUCCGCCUAGAUAUCUAUUAUUAUUAAUCUCUUGGUCGAUUGUAGAUAAGCAGUAAUUUAAAUAGUUUAAUUGGAGACUUUUCUCGAGAUAUUGGAUCGAGGAGGAUAGAUUAUACAUCAAUCUUUCAACGAUCGCGGUAGUAAUAAUCAUCAGCGUUCGUUUGAUAAUUGAAAUAGCUCGUGUUCUUGACAUUUCGACGUUCCAUUAGUCGCCGUGGUACGACAGAAAUAACCA